CAAGCAUUUUUCUGCUGAAACGGAGAGUAAGGAACUCGCCACAGUUUCUUCUUUACAAAAUACCCGCGAAGUAGCGCUACUAAGUGAAAGGCUUGCAAUGCUGGAGAAGUUCAACUUUGACCAAUUUGGCCCAACCGACUAUGCGGCUCACCGGUUUGGGGGAGAAGUAAUUUCGGUGUCUAGCCACAUCCCGGGAGCAAACGAUACGCUGAUGCAAAAAUUCCAAAACAUGCUGCCCUCGUUCUCCGAUAACCAGAAGCAAUGCAUCGUGCAGAACUGUGGAACGUGCUACGCCAUCCUCGGAAAUAAAGGAUCAGUGGUGAUCCGGUUGAUGAGCAAUAUCUGGCCGCAUUCGAUAACGGUUGAACACUUUCCCAGGAAUGCGUAUCCACGAUCUCAGGCGGGAACAUACAGUGCAAUGAACGAGUUUGAGGUUUGGGUUUGAAUACGAGCGUGAUUUCCUGGAAACCUUUCACCUUCGCCAG